AUGAAUAACAUAUGGGCAGUCGGAGCAGUUCUGCAUAUUAUGUUGACGUACGAAAUCCCUAUCCAGGACCAACCGCGAGGUUUGAUUGCUCGGAUUUCCAAGCUUGAUAGCUUGCGACCAAUGGACCGCGCGCCCAUUUCGGAGUUGUUGUCUCUGGUGGUUGGCGAAUGUCUUAGCCCAAGUGAGAAGGAUAGGCCAUCUGCUCUCCAGCUACUGGCUGUCGCGAUGAAAUUGGACUGUUCACUCGAAAGCUACCAACGAAGUGAGAGCUUCUGGCAGGUAAUGGCUACUGAUGCGGAUUCCGAACUUUCAUCCAUGGUUGUGGCCUGCUUUGUUUAUAAGUAUCUGCUGAUUAUGGCCAAGCAUCGGAUCUGCUUCAGCCCCAAGGAGAUCGUGCUUAUUAUGAAUCUAAUGUACAGCGGAUUCCUCGAUGGAAGUGCGGGUGAUUUAACUGGGGGCACGGUUUUCCAUGCCCUGGCCAAACUAGAUGAGCUUCGCAAGCAGCUUGAGGCUCAUGCGAGUGAGGAGUUCGAGUCUAUCUUCCGUCUUAUGACUUCCAUGACCCUGGAUCAUCGCGUAUCUUCAUCCCACAUGGCAAGAGCAAUGACUGAAUCGGCGCGGCACGGUUACUUCAACCUAGCGCGGAAGCUGAUGGAGAUAGGUGUCAAUCCUUCUGCCAGAGGCAGUCGCAUGGAGAUAGCGUUGCAUAUUUCUGCCUGGCGGGGAGAUAUAGCUAUGGUCCGCCUUCUUCUAGGCAAAGGGGCUGAGGUAGACGCCCGCGAUAAAGACCGCCGCACACCAUUGCAAUGGGCAUCAUGGGCUGGAAAAGAGGAAACAGCCCGAGAGCUUUUGUCCAAAAACGCUAACGUCAAUGUGAGAGACACCGAGAAUCGAACGGCCCUCUAUGGUGCGGCUGGAGGAGGUUUUACGGAGGUGGUGCGUUGCUUGAUUUUGCAUAAGGCCGAUGCAAUGAUACGCGGAGGAAGAGGCAGGGAAACGGCGUUGGAAAGGGCUCGAAACAAGAAAUACAAUGAUGUGGUUGCCUUGUUAUCUAGCUAG